AUAUUUUCACGAUUCAAAGACUCACCCUGUAUAUAUAAAUACAUAUACAUACAACAUUCACCAGGUCUGUCCGUCACUGAACUGGGGAUAAUCUGGUCAGCUUAAAUAAUUAAUAAAUAAAUUGCAAUUCAAUGACUAGUGAGUAUUUAAUAUAAAUAUAAUAAAAUAAAUAAUUAAUCCCCCUUUCGUAAAUGAUUCAUAAAAGAAUCAUUUCCAUUCCUCUUGAAGUGGUUUUAGCUUGAACCUUCGAAUAUUGAGAGACUCGAACAGAAAAGGACUUGGAAUGUAAAGAUAGUAGGUAAAUAUCUUUCACGGUUUAUUGCUGUCAAUAAAAUAUUGUCGGUUUCUUCCCUUAUUAUUUGGGCUUAAAAAUACUCAAGUCGGUAUCUGAGAGCCAGAUGUUGGUCCUCUCAUUAUUUUUCUGGUGCUCCCGUGAAAACAAUCGGAAUAGUUUAUUGAUUUUUUAGCAAUGUAUUACUUCGACAGUUGAAUGAACCGGACGCUACAGUUUUCUACUACACUCGAUAUUAAUUUAGCAUCCCUUACGUAAAUCCCAUUUUCGCAACAUCGAUCGAGAUCUCUUGGAAAAUGGCUGACCCUGUGGCUCGCGCCUUGUUGCGAAAAUAGGAUUUACGCAAAGGACGCUAAAUUACUAUCGAGUGUAGUAGAAAACUGUAGCGUCCGGUUCAUGGCAGUGUUGCCAGAUAAAUGAAAUGAAAUUAUGGAACCGGGUUGCCUAAAUUAUCAGAUUUUCCUGAAAAUUAUGUUACAAUAGAUGGCAGAAAGGGAAUUUAUCUCUGAUCUGGCAAAUACAUACCUUCCAUGUGUCAUUAACAUGAUGAGGUGAAAAAUGUUGUUAUAAAUUAUGUGAAUGAUCGAAGAUGUCUCUGUCUAAUCCAUGAAGAAUGCAAUUUUUUUUUCAAAGUUAAAUAAUGCGCAAAUAAACCGGAACUAUGUUUUUUGAAAUUAAACCCUAUUACCAUGAUAAAAAGGACGAAAAUAACAUAGUUACAGAUGAACGCGUUAAAUGUUAUGUAAUAGGAAAAGUACUGCUCAAGUGAUGUAGAAGGGGCGUACAUUGUUGGCAGAUGGUUUUUAUGACACGGCCCACUCGGCGAAACUGCGAAAAAUUCCAACUACCUGCUGAUGGGUAGCGCAAAAGAUAAACAAAUUUCAUCUUUUCAAAGACUUGACAGCAAUAAAGAGAGGAAUACCAUCUUAAAAUAAUUUCAUAAUGAUUCCGCAGAAUAUCGAACAAAAUCGGAGAUUCUACGGAAUUGAGACGGUAACUACCGUCUGAAUUCCGUAGAUCUAUUCAAAAUUCUGUAGGUGUGGCGGCGCACAGCGCCGAAGGAAGUAAACUUGGAAGUUCGACCUUAACGCUUAGUAUUUCAAUCAAUUCUGGGAUUCCCCUGCAUUAGAGAAUUCUCUUAGAACUAAAAUAAUUUCAAUAGCCGAAGCGCCUGAUAUCUGUUGCCGAACUUUUGAUAAACAGAAAAUAUGACAAAUAUUAAUUGUCAUUCAACUCUCUAAAUUAUGUUACAAUUAUCGAUUAUGUUACACUUUAUUGGUCAACUCUAUUUUUUCGAAAAAUUAUGUUACAAUCUGAUAAUUAUGUUACACUGGUUCAUGGGCUGUCCAAUUCAAAGGAACUCUCCUCUACUUGAAAUACUGCACUGCACCAUAAAAAUCUACCGAAAGUUUACCUCCCCUCCUACCGAAUUUUCGCUCGCCUAGGUCAUAGACAAUCUAGGCUUAGGUUCCCAUUCCCAAUAUUCCCAUCACUGAGUUUGCGUUAGAUUUAGAUUCUGUUCCUCCUUCAUCAUGCCUGACAGGGUGAUUGAAUUUCUUCGUGUAAUGCAGCAGCUGAUGUUUCAGAGUAACAGAAGGCGUUGGAGGGGUGGCAGGGGUAGAAGGGGGAGAGGAAGAGGAAGAGGGAGGGGAAGAGGAAGUAGAGGAGUACCUCCCCCAACUACUCUACAACAGACGCCAGCGCCGGCGCCUGCAGCGCCUGAACAGCAGUCGGAGGCGCCUGAAGAGCAGACGGAGGCGCCUGAAGAGCAGACGGAGGCGCCUGAAGAGCAGACGGAGGCGCCUGAAGAGCAGACGGAGGCGCCUGAAGAGCAGACGGAGGCGCCUGAAGAGCAGACGGAGGCGCCUGAAGAGCAGACGGAGGCGCCUGAAGAGCAGACGGAGGCGCCGCCUCAUACAGAAGAAAUGAGACUGAGUUGGAGAGGGUGGCAGGGGUAGAAGGGGGAGAGGAAGAGGAAG